CCACGCCCGCUAGUUAGCGACGCGUGUAGCGACCCCCCGAAACUCCCCUCCCUGCCCCGCCCCCCGUCUUUCCCCAUGUGCACCUCGCAGCUCGUGCUUCUGCAGGUGCUUUUGCUGAUGCUUCGCGAGGGCGUCCGGCCGCAGCCGUCUUUCUCCCCUUCCGGGCCGGAGCCCACCGUUGCGGACCCCGGGCCGGGGUCGGGGAGCGGGAGUCCGCCGUCACCCUCGGCGGGGACGGAAAGUGCCCGGGCUGAGCCUGCGCUCCCCCAGGCUAGCCCGACGGUCGCCACCUCCUCGGCGCCCGCGCCGGCGAACCACACGGUGGACCUCGCUCCAGCCUCGCCCCUCUGUGUCUGCGACCUGACGCUCGGGACCUGCGAUAUCAACUGCUGCUGCGACCGCGACUGCGCCCUGCCCCGGCCGCUGACCGUCUUCUCCUUCUGUCUCCCGGGCAGCGUGCGGUCCUCCAGUUGGAUGUGUGUGGACAACUCUCUCAUCUUCAGGAGUAAUACUCCUUUCCCUACCAGAGUUUUCAGGGAUUCCAAUGGAAUCAGUCAAUUUUGUGUCCAGGUGAACAACUUUUUAGCAAAACUGAACUAUUUCCAGAAGCUCCAAAAGGUCAAUGCAACUAACUUCGAGGCACUGUCUAGAGAGUUUGGAGGUGAAUCAUUUUCUCCAACAUUCCAAUCUCAGUCACCACCAUCCUCUUAUUAUAAGGCUGGAGACCCCAUCCUGACUUACUUUCCCCAAUAUUCUGUAGUAAGCUUACUGAAGCAGCCUGCGGGAGUUGGAGCUGGGGGAUUCUGUGCUCAGAGCAAUCCUGCAGGUUUCCUGGAGAGUAAAAGUACAACUUGUGCUCAUUUCUUCAAGAACCUGUCAAAAAGCUGUACAUCAGACCCAGCCCUUAAUGCUGCCUCUUAUUAUAACUUCACAGUCUUGAAGGUUCCAAGAGGUAUGAAUGAUCUGGAGGAUAAGAAGUUUCAGGUUCCUGUAACACUUGUCUCACAGGCUGAUUCUCCUCUGUUGGCUGGAAACACUUGUCAGAAUGUUGUUUCCCAGGUCAUCUAUGAGAUAGAGACCAAUGGAACUUUUGGAAUCCAGAAAGUUUCUGUCGCUUUUGAACAAAUCAACCUGACUGUUGGACCAGACAUUUCCUUACAGCAGCACUUCAUCAUUCACUUCAGGGCUUUUCAACAGAGCACAGCUGCUGCUUUUAUUGGCCCUAGAAGUGGGAAUCCUGGUUAUAUUGUUGGGAAGCCACUCUUGACUCUCACUGGUGAAAGAAGUCAUUCCAUGACCCUGUUGCAAAGCCAGGGUGAUGGAACGUGCUCUAUUAAGAGACCUGAAGUACAAUUUGGAGUGAAUAUGAAAUCUGGUUGCAAGUUCAGACCCCAGAAGAUGAACUGCAGUGAUGUUCAGGAGGAGGUUUAUCAGAUUCUUCAUGGAACGCCCAAACCAGAGCUGGUUGCUGUCUUUGGUAAUGCUCACCCAGCCCAGAAGGGAGAGUGGGCCAGGAUCCUCAGCAGGAACUGUGAUGUUUCGGCUGUGCACUGUACAUCCUGCUGUGUCAUUCCAGUUUCUCUGGAGAUCCAGGUGUUGUGGGCAUUUAUUGGCCUCCAGUCUAACCCGCAAGCUCAUGUGGCAGGAGCAAGGUUCCUAUAUCACUGCCAGGAAUUCCCUGAAAUCCCAGAAGUAUCCUUGACGACUGUUGUGACUUUCGUGGACAUUACUCAGAAACCAGAGCCUCCACGGGGCCAACCCAGACCAGACUGGAAGUUGCCAUUUGACUUUUUCUUUCCCUUCAAAGUGGCGUUCAGCAGAGGGACAGACUUUCAAAAAGGCUCAGUCUCUCCCAUCUUUAUUUGCUGUCUCUUGCUACUGGGAAUUCUCAAUCUAGAGAAUACAUGAAAAAGAAGAAUCUGAUUUCAUUUUACCCUGUGUGAAGUUACGGGGCAGCCUGCUUUUUGGCUGUCUACACUACUCAUGACCAGCAGAGAGCAGUUAGUGGUUUGCCACCGUGGUCCCAGGCGGCCUGCUGGUAAAGGCUAAAAACCACUGAUAUAGAGAACGUGAUAUAUAGAAGAAAUUUCUACUUGAGGGAAGAGAUUUCAGUAGAGCAAUAAAAAGGCUUUAGUCAUCCUAACUCUGCUUAGGACUUGGCAGACCACCAGGAAUGUAUUAAAUUCAUGGUUUCUCAAGCAGGGAAGGACAUAGUCCUGUCUCGGGCUCUUCAGGUUGGGUACGCCUGAUAGAUCGUUUGUGAGAUCUUUGUGUAUCUGCUCACAAGCACACUUAAGCCCGGCAUCAAAAGGAACAUGCCCCUGUCCCUGGCAAACACAAGAGUAUCAUCCUGGCGACAUGAGAGGAACGACUGGUCAGAACAGAAAACUGCUCACUAUUGUACCUCGCUCCGCCCCAUUCUUAGACCAUGCUCCUUGCCCGGGCUUGUGGGGAAAGCAAUGCCUUCUGCCCAGUUUUCAAAAUGAAUGUGAAAUUCCCAGCUCCCUUUUCUACUAGCAAACGACCUCAUCCUUAUUUGUAUUCAUUCCUUUCUUCCACUGUCAUGAGGAGAAAUAAAAUUGAGAGCUUUCUGGUACUAA